AUGCUUCUGCAGCAGGCGCCCUCUUCCCUGCACGGUGGCUCCCAGGGCUCGUCUGUGGGAAGCCGCCUGUCGGCCACCAACCACCACCACACGACACUGGUGUCCGAUGACCGGCGCGACGACCGGCUCGACGGGCGCUCUCCUCUCAGCAGCACCGGCUCGAUCGACCUUCACGACCGAGGCGGCAAGCUGUCUUCGAGCGCAGCGGUCUCCGGUCUCCCGCAGCCGUCGCCUUUGCUGCCGUACUUCUACCCGCCGUCUCUGUACCCGCCGGGCCUGACGUUGCCGCAGCUGUUCUUCCCCGGCGCCGCCGCCGCCGCUGCGGCAGCCGCAGCAGCCGCCGCCGCAGGUCUGCCGACAUCUCCUCCCGGUGUGGCGACAACUCCAGCUGCGCUCUCCUUCCUGAUGGCAGCCAACCACCCGCUGCUCAACCCGGCGGGCUACUCCGAAGUUGCCGCCAGGCUAAAGCAGCACCGCUUCUCGCCCUACACGUUACCGGGUAGUCCCGUGUCGGCGACGGCGUCUCAGCACUCCCCCUUCCGGUUCCGACCUGGCGCCGGUGGCUUCUUCGACGAGGAAGGCUCCCCGCCGCCGCCCGAUCUGCGGUCGCCUACCGAGGCUUCCCGAGGCAACACCAGCGGCACCCAACGCCGCCUUCGUCGACGACUCCUCCUCCCCUGA